UGUACCUCGAUACCAUAAUUCAAUAAAACGUAUGAAAAAACAUUACUACCGUGCUUGUCGUUUCAUUAUGCAUCAAAACUAACUGUCCAGCGCCGUUUGAAACCUUUGUUUACAUAUAUUUCAAGUGACCCAUAUUUUCAAAAACAAACGGUGUGCGUGCGGAGUUUUGUUACGGGUGAUUUCAUUGGUCCAAAGCGAAGGUGUGUCUUGGUUCCCAGCUUCUACACGAUCUCAUUAGUAAACGUGGGAACCGAAGUUUCCCGCGGUAUGUCAAAUUUGUACACUACGCAGUUUGUGUAUACUGAUUUUAAUUACAUAAUGGAUUUAAAUGGUGAACAAAUCGAUGCGUUAAACAAGGUAACAAACGGUCACAAUGUUUUAAUACUUGGCUCAGCAGGCACUGGUAAAACGCACUUAAUUAAACAGAUAGAAAAAUCAUUAAAAAAGAAUAACAAAAAUGUAGCAAUAACAGCCACCACUGGAAUAGCAUCUGCUCUCUAUGCAAAUGCGAUGACCAUUCACAAAUGGUCGGGAAUAGGCGACGGUCGCUACAACACGGGUGAAGUCAAGAGCGUAGUCGAACAUUAUGCUGAAUUCGCAAUUGUAAGAGACAGACUGAAAACAACAGAUGUCCUUAUAAUUGACGAAUGCUCAAUGUUGAGCAAGAAGUUCUUCGAGUCAUUAGACCAAGUUUGCCAAAUUAGAAACCCGGAUAAGUUGUUUGGUGGAAUUCAACUAGUAUUAAGUGGGGAUUUUAAACAACUCCCCCCUGUUCCAAAUCCCUUGUAUGCUGAAGAAGGUGAAUUUUGUUUUCAAUCAGAAUUAUUUACAAAAGUGAUACCCCACAGGAUAAUCCUUAGAGAAGUAGUGAGACAAAGCGAACCACAUCUUAUCAAGGCUAUUAAAGAAGCUGCUGAUGGUGAAAUGUCAAUUGAUAGUAUCAAUUUCAUUAAAACCCUAGAGAGACCAUUGACAGACGCAAGUGACUGUGUAAAGCUGUUUUCUCGUAAUGAAAAGGUUGAUCAACACAAUCGUGAUUGUAUACUUGAAUACCCUGGAGAACUGUACGAGUUCAAGUCACACGAUGACGGGGACAGACAUUUUUUAGAAAAAAUGAUUGCACCAAAAAUACUGUGGCUUAAAAUUGGCUCACCAGUCAUGCUGUUGAAAAAUAUAUCAGAUAAACUUGUAAAUGGACUUCAAGGACAUGUGCAUAGCAUCACAGACAUGGGACCAGUGAUAGAAUUUACAUCUCUGCAAACCAAAUUACAGUUAGAAAAACACAGAUUUGCAGUUUUCAGUCCAUCGAAAAAUGCAGAAGUUGCUGUACGCACUCAGUAUCCAGUUAAUCUGAGCUUUUCGAUGACCAUUCAUAAAUCUCAAGGAUUAACUCUAAAUAGAUUGGAAGUGGACUGUCACCAAAUAUUCAAACCAGGACAACUUGGGGUUGCACUUGGCCGUGCUAAAUCUUCAGAGGGACUGAGGGUAAUCAAUUUCGAUCCAACCUGUCAUGUAAUUAGUCAGCCAGAAGUGGUACAACUCUUCAUGAACCAGCCCUCAAUUUUGGAACAUGAAGACCUGAGCUGCUGUAGACCAGGAUUAAAGGGGUAAUUACAUUUCAGUAUUUUAAUAUAUGUACACAAUACAGGUACUUUA